AAAUACGGAAAAGGAGUGUCUACUGUACAGCUUCUGUCUAGCUGUUGUGAGUUAGCCAUUUUAACGUGCAUAACAUUAUGAAAUGAACAUGUUAUUCAUAAAGUAGCUUGUGUAUUAAAGAAUAGGAUUGUGGCGGGGAUGUGGCUAAAUAAUGGGAAACGUUUUCGGGAGAAAGAGUCGACCUUCUCGAGUUACGGAUCAAGACAAAGCUAUUCUGCAACUGAAACAACAGAGAGAUAAACUAAAGCAGUACCAGAAGAGAAUCAAUUUACAGCUGGACAAAGAGAGGUUUCUGGCCAAGCAGCUGCUGAAAGAUGGCAAAAAAGAGAAGGCCUUGCUUCUUCUCAAGAAAAAACGCUACCAGGAUCAGUUACUAGACAAGACCGAAAACCAGAUUUCAAACCUGGAACGAAUGGUUCAAGAUAUUGAGUUUAUUCAGAUUGAAAUGAAGGUGAUCGAGGGCCUCAAGGUUGGCAAUGACUGUCUGAAGAGUAUGCAUGAGGUCAUGUCUAUAGAGGAUGUGGAGAGGAUUAUGGAUGAGACCCAGGAAGCGAUUGAGUACCAGAAGCAAAUAGAUGAGAUGCUGGCAGGGUCUCUGUCACAAGAGGAUGAAGAUGCUGUACUAGCUGAGCUAGAGGCUAUAACUCAGGGAGAAGACGUAGCUUUGCCAGAGGUCCCCACUGAGCCACUACCAGAGGUGACAGAAACAGCAGAACCAGAGAGGAAGACUGCAAAAAGCAAGCAGGGAAGAGAGAUGUUGGCUGCCUAGAGACACCACAGCUGUAGGGAGACGGAUCGUGCUCUCAAUCUCCAUGGAGUAAGGACUGCUGGCAUAUGCUGCUCUACUGGGCUUCACUUACCUUGGCUCAUCCUGCUGGGGUAGAAGAGAGGCCGAGGACAGUUAACAUCGCUGCACUCACUACAUCUCAGUAGAUUGGAAACAGAGUAUACUGUAGAUGCAUUUUGUCUACUGCUUCCCUCUCUAGUCAACUUUUUUUCAAUAAUGAACAAAAAUGUCAAGGGAAAACGAUUCAGUUUUCUCUUUUCAUGACCUGGAUUUGCCAUUCAAGUGUGACUAGUUACUGUGCUCAUUAGGACAAAACGAAACGGUGGAAGUGUACUUUUUAGAAAGUAAUUUUACAUAUUAAAGUCAAGUGUGGCUAACA